GACUACAAAACUAAAAACGGGGAAUGGCGCCGCUUCUUUCUCCCUUUUUCGCCACACACGGGUUAUAAAAUAAAAUUAAAAAAAGGAAGAAAAAGAAGAACCGCUUUAUCGGUGUAAAAGAGCUCGUUAACGUUACAGUUUAACGCCAGCUUCUUGUUUUUUUAUUUUAUUUUAUUUUUUUAUUUUUCCACCUCCAUUGGUUCCCCCGGUUACUUCCUGGUGCCACAGAGAGAGGCAGUGCUGAGUUAAAGAGACAGAAAAUACUGAUAGAAAUUCAGAUAGAAAAAAAAAAAAAAAAAUACUGAGAGAAGAGAGGGGUUGGAGACGCGAUAGGAACAGUUGACUGGAUUCCCAGAAAUUGAAAAACCCUCUCUCUCUCUCCUCCUUCUUCUUAUUUAUAUGUAUUUUUGAUAUCUCGUCGUCAAGAAUCGAGCCGUUUAUUCUUCGUCGGGGGUUUUUUUUUUUGUGUGUGUGUAUGUAUGUGUGUGUAUGUGUGUGUUGUGUGUGUAUGUGUGUGUGUGUGUGAGAACUAACCAACGGUUUGGAUGACGGUCGGCUGCGGCUAAAGCGGAAUUGUAACGGGGGAAGAUAUUCCUCCCGACGACGGAGAAGCCUCGCAGAGAUUUCUCUCUCUCUCUCGCUCUCCCCCCUUUUUUUUAAUUUUUUUUAAAUAUAUAUUUUUUAUUUUACAGCGGACUCGUUCCUGUUUUUUUUUUUUUUUUUUUUUUUUUUUUUUUUAAAAAGAAACCCCCGACACAAUAUCAAAUCGGGUGUUAUUAAUAUUAUUUUUUAUUAUUUUUUUAUAUAUAUAAAUAUAUUUUUUAACGGCUCCACAAGGAAGGGUUAGGGCGACGGAAGAUGGGUUGUUUGGGCAACAGCAAGACUGAAGAUCAACGCAUCGACGAAAAGGCACAACGAGAGGCUAAUAAAAAGAUAGAAAAACAGUUGCAAAAGGAAAGACAGGCGUAUAAAGCCACACACAGGCUCUUAUUACUGGGUGCGGGAGAGUCCGGAAAAAGCACCAUUGUGAAGCAGAUGAGGAUCCUACACGUCAACGGCUUCAACGCGGAAGAAAAGAAACAGAAAAUCCAAGAUAUUCGGAAAAACGUGAAGGAUGCCAUAGUGACUAUAGUGUCUGCGAUGAGCACUUUAAUACCCCCAGUCCCGCUAGCCAACCCAGAGGACCAAUUCAGAAUCGAAUACAUCAAAAGCAUAGCACCUCUCUCUGACUUUGACUACUCACAGGAGUUCUUUGAUCAUGCAAAGAAGCUGUGGGACGACGAAGGAGUGAAGGCAUGCUUCGAGAGGUCCAAUGAGUACCAGCUCAUCGACUGUGCACAAUAUUUCCUGGACAGAAUUGACUCCGUAAGACAGAACGACUACACACCAACGGACCAGGACCUGCUACGCUGCCGAGUGUUAACUUCAGGGAUUUUCGAGACGAGGUUCCAAGUAGACAAAGUGAACUUUCACAUGUUUGAUGUUGGGGGCCAGAGAGAUGAAAGGAGAAAAUGGAUCCAGUGCUUUAACGACGUCACUGCUAUCAUCUUUGUGGUGGCCAGCAGCAGCUACAACAUGGUAAUAAGGGAAGACAAUAACACCAACAGGCUACGGGAAGCCCUGGACCUCUUCCGCAGUAUUUGGAACAACAGAUGGUUACGCACUAUAUCGGUCAUAUUAUUCCUGAACAAGCAGGACAUGCUGGCUGAGAAAGUAUUAGCUGGAAAAUCCAAAAUUGAAGACUACUUCCCCGAAUAUGCUCGCUACACCAUACCAAAUGAAGCAACUCCUGAACCUGGUGAAGACCCCAGAGUGACGAGAGCUAAGUUCUUCAUCCGAGACGAGUUUCUUCGGAUCAGCACUGCGAGUGGCGACGGCAGACACUACUGCUACCCCCACUUCACCUGCGCCGUGGACACAGAGAACAUCCGGCGGGUGUUCAACGACUGCCGGGACAUCAUCCAGAGAAUGCACCUGCGGCAGUACGAACUCUUGUGAUGGGAGACCGCCUCCGUCAGCCUUCUGUGUUUUUCUCCACCAUUCUGCAUCCUUGACGAACCCUUCCUCCUCCUCCUCCUCCUCCUCUUCCUCCUCCCUCCUCCUCCAGUCCUCCUCCCUUACCCCUCACCCCCUUCCUCCUCCUCCUCCUCCUCCCCCCCCUCCCAAAGAAACCCCUCAACAAACCCCCCUGACCACCCCUCCUGUCGAGGACUAUGAAGUACUACUGAAGUGUGUCAAAUCCUCUUCCUCUUCUUAACUUCUUAGCUUUUUGUACUUCUUUAUUUUUUUUUUUCUCUCUCUGAGACCGAUUCAUCCCCAUUUCACCGACGUGAAAGGAAGGUUGGGGAACAAAGUUGUUGCGUGCCGCUUAUUUUUAUUUUUCAUCUUUUUUCUUUUUAAUCCUUCCUUUUGAAUGCCUUGAUUUUUGUCAUUCCACUAAGCCUUGGGCUACCUCCUGUUUUUUUUUUUUGUUGUUUUUGUUUUUGCCCCUUUGUGUCCUUCUUCUGUUUCUUGGCUUUGUCGUUGGACCUGGACUGAUGGGUGUGGAUACAUGAAACACACCUACAGGACCUCAGUGUAGAGGCAGUGUGUGUGUGUUAACGUGUGCGUGCAACGAAGAGAAGGAGGAAUGCCAUGUGAGCGAGCGCAUGCGUGUGUGUUUAUGUUUGUGUGUCACCUGCCGGUUAAAGCCGGCAUCACCACCAUGACCUUUGCCCUUUGACCUUUUUUUUUUUUUUUUUUUUUUAAAUUUAAAUUUUCUUUUUUUUUGCCCCGUCACCCCCUCUGACCUGCUUCUCCUCUCCGCGUGGAAGACGACUGGACGGCGACGACACCGGAGAGCGACGGGGGAGAGGGGAAACCGAGUGGAUGAAGAGAUAAAUGCACUUUGCAUCAGGUUCCUUAAUAACUUUUUUUUUUUUUCGUUGUUGUUGUUGUUGUUGUUUUUUUUCUCCAGAGGAAGCAUACACACAAUGUAGCAUCACAAUAUUUAUUACCCUGUCACGAUGUUAGCUUGCCGAGCUGCAGGGUGCACCGAGCAGCCGAGAGACAUGUGGAGCGAAAGAUUAAAGUGGGAAGGGAGGAAAAGGGGGGAGAUUUUGGGGGAGAUUGGGGGAGAGGGGGGGCGCAGGAAACACGACGACAUGAAGAAGGAUUUAAAUGAAGGAAAAGGGACUGAGCUCUCUGCACCUUAGCCCUGCUGCCUCCACGGACUCGGACCUGCCUCCUUUUUCCACACAAACCAUCCUUUUAGCUUAGAGAUACUGAUGGGAGGGGAGGGGAGGGCGGGGGAGGGGACGGGAGAGAAAAAUGUAUUGUUCUCUUUUUUUUUUUUUUGUUUUUUUUUUUUGUUUUGUUUUUGUUUUUUUUGUUAACUUGUACACUGUGCAAGGUUGAAUUAUCCUGUACAGACUGUAAAAUGUAAUAUUAUUUUGUACAACUUAAUUGAAAGAAAAACAAAUCUACUUGUAGAUCUUUGUGCCUUGAUUAUGGCUGUACCUGUAAAUGAGCUCAGAUGUAAGUAUGUUUUCGACUGCGCUGUACAGCUUGAUGUCAAUCUCUAUCAGCAGCGGAAGACUGCGGGUAGGGGACUUUCUCUGUAGAGUUUAGUUUUUUCUGGUUUAUAAAAAAAAAGGAAAUGCUGUUUAGUAAAAAAUAAAAAAUAGGGAAAAAAUCCUAAAAACCUGUAUACAUUAUGCAAAUUAACCACUUACCUGCAGUGAAGACCAGAUGUUGCAGCGCCAUGCCUUUUUUUUUUCUCUUCUUUUUUUCUUUUGUUGGUUUUUAUUUUUCCUCCUUUUUCUUUUAAUUUUAAUUUCUUUUUUUGAAUUUCACAGCUUUAAACAAACAUUGGAAAUCCAUUGAAAGUGUCCAAAUUGCAACCUGGUGUUGUUUUAAUAGGAACCAACGUUUUUUCGAUAUGAAGUGUGUCUGAGAUCUGUACUGAUGUGCGUGCCUGUGCGCAUGUGUACAUAAAACAAACAUAGACUCACAGACGCAUUGUGUGUGUGUGUGUGUGUGGGUGUGCGUGCGUGCGUGCGUGUGUGUGUGCGUGCGUGCGUGUGUGUGAGGGCGAGUGUGCGUUGUGUGUAAAAUUUUAUAAAUGUAUGUACAUGUAAAUUUAUAGGUCUAUAUAAAUAUAUAUGUACAAUUAUACAUGUUUAAUUAUGUGUGUGCCUAGGUGUACAUACCUAUGUAUGUAUACGGUAAAUAUGUAUACAUACACACAUAGGAAAGCAUGUUUAGAAUGGAGAUGAAUAAAUGAGAGCGUGCAAUAUUAGUGAUUCUUUGGUCCUUUGGAGCCAUACCCAAUGGCACAGGCACUAUGAAUGUGUGAGCAGCACCCAACAAGACAAGCUCUUCUCCUUGUACAAACAGCAUCAGCCUUUUCUUCUGCUACAGUACACGUCUAUCCCCAAAAGAGAGUGAACUGACUGGAGGUGCAAAAACCUUGUUUGGCCUGGGAGGAUGAUUAAAUGACAUUUUUAUUUUCUUUAAAUAAAGAGGCACAUUAGAGGA